AUGCAGCCAUCCCAGGGCUUCCCUGCUUCCGCCUCGAACCAAGCACCCGACUCGCAGUCGUCGACUCUCAACGCCUCCAACCACGUCUUCCGCGACUCCUCGUCGGCCGACAACCGCAUUGUCCGCUCCAUCCCGCCAUGGGUCCAUACCGAAGACGACAGCGACGAUGAGUCGGUCGACCAGACACAGCGCCUCCUCCCUCCCGUAAACGCUGUCCCCGCCUCGCAUCACUAUCUCCCCGCUCCACCCACUCAGCACAAGGCCCCUGGCCGCAAGUGGGAUCACAUACGUUCUGCCGAACCUCCCCUGUUGGACCAGCCCAUAGACACCAACCAGCAAAGAUGGCUUCCCUACAUGCUGUCAGGCCCUCAGCCGAGAGGCGUACCUGGCGCCAGACUUGUAUCUGACGCCUGGAUGGACGAAAACAUGCCUCACCUCACCACCACCUGGACUGCUGCCGAACCCGAGAAACCCUUGGAGAAGACAAAGGGCUUAUGGCUAUUCACUCCGGAGAGACGGUCGAGGACUUUCGCGCGCAUCAAGGUAUUUGUGCAUUCUGCGUUGUGUUCUUGCUGUCUUCUAAUUUCUCGCAGNCGCAUCAUCCUUAAAAAUCCUUUUGUUCCCCUCGUCUUCCGUCUCAUCGUUCUUACCUUUACCGUGGCCGCUCUUGGAUUGGGUGCCCGAGUAUUCCACGAGGCCGACGCAGUCAACCGCCAGGGCGAAGGCCCAUGUAGCAAGCGUGCCUCAACAUACAUGGCCAUCGUCUUGGAUAGCGCUGCCGUGCCCUACAUCGGCUAUAUCACAUGGGACGAAUAUCUGAGCAAACCGCUUGGACUCCGAAGUGCCACAGCAAAGGUGUCACUCCUUCUAGUCGACUUGUUUUUCAUUGUUUUCUACUCAUCAAAUCUGUCACUGGCUCUGGACGCAUUGGACGAUCCUCGCUGGGCUUGCUUCGACCACAACGAAUCUCUACUAUCAAAUUGCCCUGCUUCUCCUCGUAUAUGUCGGUCACAACAGGGGCUAUCCGGCGUUUUGGCUGUUGCUUUGAUAGCGUGGCUUUUUACUUUUGUCAUCAGUGUACUAAGAGUGGUGGAGCGUCUUCGUUAG